ACAAAAUUACAACAAACAAAAAAAAGCUUUCAAUUUAAAAUCUUCUUCAACCACAAAGCGCGUGUUCCAACAACAAUAACUACAAAAUUUUUAAAUAAGAAACACAAAAAAAAAAAAAACAACCGAAGAAAUAUUGGAAAUUUUUGUAUCAAAAGCCAUAAGUGCUGUCGUGUGUGAAUUAGGUGUGCGUGUGUGUGUGUGCGACUUUUGGAAUGGAAUGUCAACUGACAAGUUGUAAAGGGAAACCCUGAAAUUCGAACAGCCAAAAAUAUAUAAAAAAUAAUAAGUUGCAUAUCGAAAUAUCUAAAGCAAAGAUUAAGAUACAUCUACAUCUCUAUCCAUGUCCAAGUGUUGUGUUUGAAAUCUGCAUAAACAAAUCAUCAAAAAGACAAGACAAUUAAAUUUUUGUAUUCAAUAUUGACGACUUGUUUUCAUUGUUCGUUUUCAUUUUUUUGUUAUGUUUCGGAGAAAAACUCUUUGGGAAAAUAUGUGGAUUACUUUUGUAUUGCCAGCAGAAUCGAAAGAAGAAAAUCAACGAGCCUGCUACAGAGGCUUAAAGCCUGUAACCAAAUGCCAAAUAUAAUAAAGAAAGUGAAAUCACAACAAGGAAAUAAAUGUCGAGUAUAUCGGUUAGAUACUCGUUUCUCAUAGUGUGUCAUGUGCCGCGGCAUUCUGACAGCAGCAACCACACGAGCUAGCAAAAACCCUCGGCGCCUUGAAUGCUGCAAUCAAAUUUUUAACAAGAACUUGAUCUACUUUAUCUACAAUUAUCGCAAGCGAAAAGCCAAACGAUUCAAAAAUAUAUAAGAAACUUCUACAAAGAAAAACCAAUUCCAUACGCUCUGUUAUCACAUAUACAAUUCACAUAUACAUAUGUAUAUAUAUAUAUAUUUACACAAACGUGAUUUAAAACGGAAGCCUCAUCAAAUGCCAUAAACAGCUGUAAAUUGUGCAAAUAUUCCAACUGUGUGUGUGUGUGUACGCGCGCGGUUGUGCUUGUGUGCGUGUGUAUGCCUCUGUGGGUAUGUGUAACCCAAAGCCGCUCGAUAACAAACGUCAUAAAUUUCAGUGGAACAGAAAGUGUCAGACCAGACAAACCAGAGCCAGAGCCACAGACACAGACCCAGAGACAGACAGACGGCGGCGGCAAUCCAUCAAUAUUAUAUGUAACAGCCUAAAGUCUAUAAUCAUAAGGCUUAACAAAUUAAUAACUAAAUCAAUAUAUAUAUAUAUAUAUACACACACACACACAGUGUCAGUCAGUCGUUGAAAAACAGACAGGCAUCUGAAAAGUCUGAUAUAACCCAUACGUAUAUAUCACAACUUAUCAUUCAACCAUAGGAAACUUUAUAAGACUGAGAGUUACAAGCGACCAUGCGCGCAUGGCUUCUACUCCUGGCAGUGCUGGCGACUUUUCAAACGAUCGUUCAAGUUGCUAGCACCGAGGAUAUAUCAGUUAGAUUUCUAGCAGCAAUAACGCCGCCAUCAACAGCAACAACAAAAGCGAUUAAAUCAUCUGCAACAAGAACAACAACAACAACGACAGCAUUAGCUAAAGCAUUUAAUCCAUUUAACGAGUUACUCUACAAAAGCAGUGAUAGUGAUAAAUAUCAUAAUAAAAUUAGUAAAAGUGACGAACAACAACAACGACAACAAAAACAACGGCAAAAGCAAAAACAACUGCAAUUUAACGAAGUGCAUAAAACCAGAACAGACCAAUUAGAAAAUUCCAAAAAUCUAAAUCAUAAUAAACCUAAUCAAUUAGUUAAUAAAAUCAAUAUAAAUAAUAAAAAUCAACAAAAACAACAACAAAGCAUUAAAAUGGCUAUUAAGGAGCAGCAACAUCACAAAUCAGCAACACCUGCAACAACAACAACAACAACAUCUGCAACUGCUGCAUCUAUAUUUGUGGAUAUGCCAUAUUCAAUGAAUAUGGAUGGAACUACUCUAAUAUUGGAUAAGGAAGUGGCCGCCAUCAAUGUGCCAGCCAAUGCUGAGGCCAUCAUUAGGGAGGACGAACCCUCCACAUAUAGCAAUAAAGAAAUAAUUAAGGACAAAGUGAAACCAGAUCCAUCAACUCUAGUCGAAAUCGAGAACAGUCUACUAUCGCUGUUCAAUAUGAAGAGGCCGCCAAAAAUCGAUAGAUCCAAAAUCAUCAUACCGGAGGCAAUGAAAAAGCUCUAUGCUCAAAUAAUGGGACAUGAAAUUGAUUCGGUUAAUAUACCAAAACCAGGACUAUUAACCAAAUCAGCGAACACAGUUCGUAGUUUUACACAUAAAGAUAGUAAAAUCGACGAUCGAUUUCCACAUCAUCAUCGGUUUCGGCUGCACUUCGAUGUAAAGAGCAUACCCGCGGAGGAGAAACUGAAGGCGGCCGAGUUGCAGCUGACGCGCGAUGCCCUAAGUCCGGCAUUAGCGAAAUCAUCGGCCAACAGGACACGCUACCAGGUGUUGGUCUAUGACAUCACCAGGCUGGGCAUUAGGGGACAACGCGAGCCAAGCUAUUUUUUGCUCGACUCGAAGACAGUGCGUCUGAAUAGCACCGAAACGGUGAGUCUAGACGUACAACCGGCUGUGGAUCGGUGGCUGGAUACACCGCAAAAGAACCACGGCCUGCUGGUGGAGGUACGAACAAUGCGAUCUCUCAAGCCGGCGCCGCAUCAUCAUGUACGCUUGCGCCGCAGUGCGGACGAAGCGCACGAUAAGUGGCAACACAAGCAACCGCUGCUAUUCACCUACACGGACGAUGGACGCCAUAAGGCGCGCUCCAUACGGGAUGUGAGUGGUGGCGGAGGCGGUGGUGGCGGUGGCAAUGGUGGUGGUAGAAAUCGUCGGCAUCAGCGCAAACCGUCAAGGCGUAAGAAUCACGAGGACUCUUGCCGUCGGCAUUCACUCUACGUGGACUUUGCCGAUGUCGGCUGGAGCGAUUGGAUUGUGGCUCCACCGGGCUACGAUGCCUUCUAUUGUCACGGCAAGUGCCCAUUCCCGCUAGCCGAUCAUCUCAAUUCAACAAAUCAUGCGGUUGUGCAAACCUUAGUCAAUAAUAUCGAUCCAGGGAAGGUACCAAAGGCAUGCUGUGUGCCCACACAGCUGGAGGGCAUCUCCAUGCUCUAUCUCAAUGACCAAAGUACAGUUGUGCUCAAGAACUAUCAGGAUAUGACAGUGGUGGGCUGUGGUUGUCGAUAAAGGCAAUUGCAUUCCAUAUCGCUUCCAAAAAUUGUAAAAAACAAAUAAUCGCAAGAGAAUCGGAGACAGAGUGUGAGAGAGAGAGAGAAAGAGCAUCAAAUGCUGUUUGGUUCCAAGCCGUCAAUGCUUUAAACACAACGCAAACAAAAUGGACUGAAUAUUUGAAUUUUAAGUGUAAAUCGUUAGACUUUAAUUGUAUAGAUGAUGCAGCCAUGCCCACAGGAGCAGCCAGCCAAGGUACAUCCAUUCAACCACCCACCAACCCACUAUCCAUCCGCCCACCAAAAAGCGAGCGAGAGCGAGUGCCCAAGAGAGAGAGAGUUUCCACAGCCAGGCUUUGGUAAACCUUGAGCAGAGCCAACUGUAUAUAGAUCCACAAAACCCUAAUCCAAUUCCUCCGAAAGAAGCCAUAGCCAUCAGCAAACUAACAUGAACAAAUUGUAUAAAAGCCUAAAUAUAAUUACAAAUCUAAUGUUAUUCUAUAUAUAUACAUAUAUAUUUAUACAUAUAUAUAUACAUAUAUAUAAAUACUAUAUGAUUCUUAAUGUGUGUAUGAGAAGAAAAAGAAAAACUCUUUAAGUAGCUGUAUUCUUUUUCCUCUUGUUUGUGUAAUAAAUUUUUUGUUAAUAAUUUUAUAGGCAAAGAAAAACCCUUGUAAAUGAAUUAGUAAACGAAAAUAUAGUAACUUGAAAUUAUUCUGUGGGGAAAAAGGGGUUUUCCCUUCCCCCCACCGCCACCGCCCUAAACACAUGUAACUAUCUAACACACACACACACACAUAUCGACGCAACGGUAUUGAAACUUCGUUCCGAAAGUAAAACUCUUAAUUAUAACUGUAAAAAAAAGCAAAACAAAAUGAAAACAGAUGAAAAAAAAACAAAAAUUCAAACAAAAAAUGUAAUUCUAAACCUAUGCGUUUUUUCUUAGUCUAAGCUCGAAAUAAAUCCGUACACGUUAAUUAAUCUAGGUCAUAAGAGUUAACAGUUAAGCUCAGCAUGUUAAAAUUAAAAUAUAUAUAUACACAUAUAUAUAU